GGCCCCGCACUGGUUAACCCCUUGGGGGCAGUGAGGUCCCUCUUCUUCUCCUCCCUGUCCGGCGGCCACCCGAGGGAGUGACCUCUGCCGCUUUGACAGCUCCCUAAUACCUCGCAGAACACCCCUCGCCAGGACACACCCACUCCUCCGCCAUUGGCCGCGACGCCGGUAGCCCUCACGCUGAUUCGCUCGUCCCCUCAAACCCCAUCACCCCCCUCCCGUAUCGAACCUUCAGAACUCCGAGACAGACAAUAUUCUGUUACAUUGUAGCAAGAUGGCGACUGUCAUUCACAACCCCCUCAAACCACUUGGAGAUCAGUUCUACAAAGAAGCGAUUCAGCAUUGCCGCAACUACAACGCCAGACUAUGUGCUGAACGCAGUGUCCGCCUUCCCUUCCUUGACUCGCAGACUGGCGUGGCUCAAAACAAUUGCUACAUCUGGAUGGAGAAAAGGCACAGAGGGCCAGGUGUGGCUCCUGGACAACUAUAUACAUACCCAGCGAGGUGUUGGAGAAAGAAGAGACGCUUACAUCCUCCUGAAGAUCCCCGGUUACGACUUUUGGAGAUAAAAUCAGAUGUGGAUUAUCCAUUACGGAAAGACAAUGUUAUGUCAGAGGGGACCACUCUAGAGGCUCUGCUACGUGGUGAUGGACUGGAAAAGAAAGAUAUCCGAGAUGAGGAUAGUCUACAAGAAAUUCAGAGAGUACUAGAAAAUGAUGAAAAUGAUGAUGCAAAUGGUGAUGAUGACCUUGAUGAAGAAGUUCCUAAAAGAAAAUACCGGAGUAGGGGGCGGGCUCGUGGUGGAAGGAGGAGGAAUGAUACAUCAUUUGAUGAGCAUGACAAACCUUACGUAUGUGACAAUAGUUACAAACAAAAGCAUAAUCCAAAAACAGCCGACAAAGUUUGUGGAAAACGCUACAAGAACAGACCUGGACUCAGCUACCAUUACACUCACACUCACCUUGCCGAUGAAGAAGGGACAGACAGCAGAGACCAGGAGACUCGAUCCCCAUCCUCCCCUUCCAUCCACAAAAGUGAAAACCAGAAACCUCGGAAAGGAUCAGAUGGUGCUAUACUUUCAAACUACUGUGACUUCUGCCUUGGAGACUCAACCAUGAACAAGAAGAGUGGACAACCUGAAGAGCUUGUAUCCUGUGCAGACUGUGGACGCUCUGGUCACCCAACUUGUCUACAAUUUACUGUAAACAUGACCGAAGCUGUAAAAACCUACCAAUGGCAGUGUAUUGAAUGCAAGUCCUGUAUCAUUUGUGGAACAUCGGAAAAUGAUGAACAGCUCCUGUUUUGUGACGACUGCGAUCGUGGCUACCAUAUGUACUGCCUUAGUCCUCCAAUGGAUGAACCCCCAGAAGGAAGUUGGAGCUGCCAUUUGUGCAUCGAGGACUUACAAGAAGGUGUGUCUAUGCUCCAAGUCACACUGGAUACUGGCCAUGAAGAUACCUACUAAAUGCAGCAAUUCCAUUUUUUUUUGUAUAAAAAAAAAAUCACAAUGGUUUGCAUUAUUCUAUGGUUAUGACACUACAGUCACCAUGACAUAAAAAACAUUAGGGUUAAAGUGCAAGUUGUGCAAGUUCACCUUUACAGAAAAAUCUGUAAGGUGAACUUACACGGGACCCCCUCUUCACGCCCGUUUUCGCUAACCUGCAUGGCGGCGAUCACCCGUUUUUAGUCCUGGUAUAGCCACCUCCUAGAUCGGGCACUUAGAAAUCCUCUCAGCUUUCUUUCCUCUGCCUCCCUGCUGAGAGGAAGAGCUACGCAGGUUCCGACUCCAUCACAUGGGUGUCGCCGACCAAUUAGAAUGCUUCUAAACAUCCAUCUUCAUUUAAGAGAUUAAGCUCCGGAGCCAUGAGGUGGCUAUACCGGGGCGCAGAACAGGCGAUCACAGCCAUGCAGGUCAGCAGGACUGGGGGCAGGGGGUGAGGAGGUGGUCCUGUGUAAGUUCACCUUAGAGAUUUUUGUAAAGGUGAAUUAAGAACAUCACCAGCUAGCAAUACAGAUUGCAAAGUCUUAAACACAAAGCAUAAUAUUUACUGUAAAGAUGCCCACAUUCCUUAUCACAAUCUAUAUAAUGUAGCAUUGUCAAGACCUGCCAUAGUUGUUAUGCUGACUUGAAGAUUUCCUGAGCUCUGACCUAGAUGUAAUAUUCAUAUGUGGAAAAUCUGAGAAACAUCAGAAGUCCUAACAGCUUUUUAUAGGUCAGCAAACCAAAUAUAUUAUGCAAGAAUCAAUAUGACAGCCAGGCAGCAAGCUUUUUUCAGAAAUAGAAACAGGUUAACUUUACCAAGGCUAUAUUGAAGACAUUGUCAACUUUUGUACAAUUACAUUGAUUUACUAGGCCUCUUGUACAGAAGCUUCCCUUUUAAAGCGGUUGUAAACCACAGUCAUGAAAUUCAAACUAAGCACAUAUCUGUAGUGUUUACCGGUCUCUCUCUGAAAGGUCUAAGUGUCGUUUCUCUCUGGUGCUUCGCUCCUCUGCUAUUAGCAUGAGUCGCUUCUGAAGUUUCCCGACACAUUAGAUAACAUUUGUGACUGGGAGGGAGCUAAGCACACAGCUUGUCUAUUCAUAAUACAGCUCUGCAUGUUCCUUCAUGCCUCUGCCUAUGUGAAGGGGGUGUGUGUCCCUUUCCUCUAAUCAGCUUCCACACAGUGUAUAAGCGCUGUAACUUCAACUCUCCAUCCCCCUCACAGAUGCAAAAGGAUUUUAUCACAAUUGUGCUCUUUUGAAGGAAUGCAGACAAGAGAAGACUGCAGAUAAACAAGCAAAACUUAUUUAGGAGGAUUUGUUUCAUCUGAGGCUAUUCACUACACUGCGUAUAUGAGGGGGUUUACAACCACUUUAACCAAAUAAACUUCACUGUUCAAAUUGAAAAUUCCAGAAGGGCUAGAGAGAACAGAUUUGAAUAUACUAUGAAUGCAUAUGUUCGUAGUUGUAUAUAAAUAUAUUAUUUACACAUUCCGGUAUAAAAACUGCCCUACUCAGUAUUUUAGUUCUGAAACUUUAUAUUUGUACAUGCCGAAAAUGGCACAAUCUCUUGUGACUUAUCAGAAAUAGAUGAGGCUCUAGAGACUAAAAUGGCUCUAUAGGCACUAUUCAUGGAGAUAGUUUAGUUAUUUUACUCCUGUUUAUCUCAUGAACAUUUAUGUUCAAAUAUAACUUUAAAAAAUUGUUUACAUGAAAUGGACAUGCAAUUGUUGACUUCUUUUCUCAUAUGUAAAAAAAAAAAAAGAAGAAGAGGAGAAGAAGAAGAAAAAACCCUUGUGUGCUAUAAACUCAUCUCAUACACAAGAAAAUUGUUUAAAGAUAAUCAAUUAAUUUUUAGUUUAAAAAAAGGCAAAUAAUUAAUGGCAAACUACCAUAUUCUUUUAUGAAAUUAUGUUAUUGUGAUAAAACUUGCAAGUCUUUGAAGGCAGACAUUCAAAUUAAUAUAUUGUAAGAAAGAAGGCUGUAGAUGGAGAGACAAACCUCUGACCAUCCUGCGCUGCAGAGCAGUUUAACCACAAGACUCUCUGCCAACAUCCAAGUGUUACUGUCAUAUGAGAACAACUUACUUCUAUUUUAACUUGCUUUCAACUCCAUUUUUAAAACAGUUGGGACGCUGUGUAAAAUCGACAUGAAAACAGAUUUCAAUGAUUUGCAAAUUUCAUAAACCCAUAAUUUUAUUCACAAUAGAAAACAGAAAACAUACCAAAUGUUUAAACUGAGAAAAUGUACCAUUUUAAGAAAUAAAGGUAAAUUUGAAACGGAUGCCAGGACAACAAAGAGCUGGCAAAAAUACAACCCCAAUUCCAGAAAAGGUGGGACAGGGCCAUGUUUACAACAGUGUAGCAUCCCCUCUUAUUUUAACACUGUAAAAAUCUGGGAUUUGAGCAGACCAGUUGGAGUUUUGGAAGAGGAAUGUUGUUGCAAUCUUGACUGAGCAUAUGCGAUUUUAAAACCUGGAUAUCUAUUAGCAUUGCUAGCAUUUAUCAUGCACCCCCAUACCAUCAGAGAUUAAGGCUUUUGAACCAAGUGCUUAUAACAAGCAAGAAGAUAUUGUCCCUGCCGUGACGUCAUCGCACCUCAACGCUGUGCUCCAAGCCUCUCCUGUUUAUACUGUCCGGACUUCCUGAUUCACAAACAGACGGAGCCAUACAGAAUUAAGAGACCACACACAGCUGACACCUAGUGUGGAUUGUCGCCACACCAUGGGCCAGUCAGGACUUGUAUGCCGAAUAUACAGAAUUUCAUGUAAGUGGAUAAUGUGCCUACAGUAAAUUAAAAAUUGCACUGUUCCUUA